AUGCGGGCGGAGACCGUGAGCGUGAGCGUGAGCGUACACCGUCACAGAGGACGGCUCCCUGCUCCUCCACGCGGCCCAGGUGACGGACACGGGCCGCUACCUGUGCAUGGCCACCAACCCGGCCGGGACCCAGCGGAGGAGGGUGGACCUGCAGGUGCACGUGCCGCCUUCUGUCGCCGGCGGGCGCUCAGACCUCACGGUGACGGUGAACGUCCAGACCACCCUGGCCUGCGAGGCCACCGGCAUCCCCAAGCCCAGCGUGAGCUGGACCAAGAACGGCGGGCCCUGAACACGGACCAGAACCAGAACCUGUACCGGUUACUGUCGUCUGGCUCCCUGGUUGUCAUGGCGCCCACGGUGGAGGACACGGCGACGUAUGAGUGUCUGGCCUCCAACGAGGCCGGAGAGGACUCCCGCACCGUCAACCUCACUGUUCAAGUGCCCCCCUCCCUGGCGGACGCGCCCUCGCAGCUGGAGGUGCUCCGGCUGGCCCCGGUGGUCCUGGGCUGCUCUGCGUCCGGAGUCCCUGAGCCGACUAUCACCUGGAGCCGGGACGGAGUGGAGCUGUCCAAUCAGGGAGCAGGUUACACCGUCCUGCCCUCAGGGCCGCUGGAGAUCCCCUCGGCCGAGCUGCGGCACGCCGGGCGCUACCUCUGCGUGGCCCAGAACGCGGCGGGCUCCACCCAGCGGCGUGUGCAGCUCAGCGUGCUCGAGACGCCCCUGAUCCUGGAGCACCCGUCCCACCUGGACGUGAUCCUCCACAGCCCGGUCACCCUGCCCUGCAGAGCCACCGGCUCGCCCAGACCCUCCGUCCGCUGGCAGAGGGAGGGCAUCAACACCCACACCCGGGGCGCUGGCUUCACCGUCCUCCCCACCGGAGCUCUGCUCAUCUCCAAGGCCUCGGCAACCGACGCCGGGACCUACAUGUGUGUGGCGCAGAACCCAGCCGGGACCGCCCUGGGCAAGACCAAGCUCAGGGUCCAGGUGCCUCCGGCCAUCAGCUCCGACGCCGCCCACUACCUGCGCCGCCUGGACUCCUCGGUGACGCUGCGUUGCCACGCCGACGGCUCCCCCCCCCCCUCCAUCUCCUGGCACAAAGACGGCGGUCCGCUGGCGGAGUCCCUGCGGCUGCGGCCGCUGGCCUCGGGCUCCCUGCAGAUCGCCUUCGCCCGGCCCGGCGACACCGGCCGCUACACCUGCCUGGCGGCCAACCCCGCCGGCUCGGCCAGCCGGGAGAUGAGCCUCACCGUGCAGAUCCCUCCCUCCAUCAGGGGCGGGGCUCUGGAGGUGGCGGUGGUGGCGGGGGGCCAGGCGCAGCUGCUGUGCUCCGCCGAGGGGGUCCCGCAGCCCUCCCUGUCCUGGGAGAAGGAGGGCGUCCCGCUCAGCCAGAGCACCGGGGAGUUCACCGUCCUGCCCUCGGGGGAGCUGCUCCUCGACGCCGCUCAGCCCGAUGACGCUGGCCUCUACACCUGCGUGGCCACCAACGCGGUGGGGGAGGACAGCCACACGGUGGCGCUGUCCGUCCACACCCCGCCGGUCUUCAGCCGCCUGCCGGGGGACGUGGCCCUCAGCAGGGGGGGGCGCCUGGCGCUGGGCUGUGGGGCCGCCGGGGCCCCCCUCCCCAAGAUCACCUGGGCCUUCAACCACAGCACCCUCCCAGCGCACCACGACCACAUGGGCCACAGCGAGCUGGUGAGGGAGCGGGUGACCAAGGAGGACUCCGGCUCCUACACCUGCGUGGCCGAGAACACCGCCGGCACCAUCAAGGCUGUGGCCUUCGUCUACGUCAAAGAGCCGCCCGUCAUCGAUGGGGACGUCCACUCCAGCCGCGUCGAGCCCCUAGGGGGCACCGCCGUGCUGCACUGCGAGGUCCGGGGCGACCCCCCGCCCGCCAUCACGUGGAGCCGUGGGGGCGUCGCCAUGGAGACCAGCGAGCGCGUCCGCCAGCUGACCAACGGCUCCCUGGCGAUCUACGGCACCGUGGGCGAGGACGCGGGGAGCUACCUGUGCGUGGCCACCAACGAGGCGGGGGCGGUGGAGAGGAGUGUGUCCCUGGUGUUGCAGAGUGCGCCCAGCGUCAGGGUGGAGCCGCUGGAGGCCCUGGUGGACGCCGGCUCCACCCUGCUGCUCCACUGCCGGGCGGGGGGGGAGCCCACCCCGCUCCUGGAGUGGUCCCGCCACGGCCGCCCCCUGCUGGCCAGCGAGCGCCUCUCCACCCUGGCCAACGGCUCGCUGCGGCUCAGCGGCGUCCAGCGAGAGGACACAGCCGAGUACGAGUGCGUGGCCCGGAACCUGCUGGGUGCCGCGGCGGCCCGCGUGGCGCUCACCGUGAGAGUGCACGGCGGCUACGCAGAGUGGACGCAGUGGGGCCCCUGCAGUGUGUCCUGUGGGGCCGGGGCCCAGAAGAGGCUGAGGCAGUGCAACAAACCCCUCCCUGCCAACGGGGGGCGCCACUGUGCAGGGCUGGACUCAGAGACACGCAGCUGUCAGGGAAAGCCCUGCCCAGUGGACGGGCGCUGGUCCGAGUGGUCCGUGUGGGAGGAGUGCUCUCGGAGCUGCGGCCAGGGCAACAGGACGCGGGUGCGGAGCUGCAGUAGCCCUCCCGCUCAGCACGGGGGCGCUGUCUGCGAGGGCCGGGCCGUGGAGGCCAUCCUGUGCAGCGUCAGGCCCUGCCCUGUGGCGGGGAGCUGGGCCGCCUGGUUGCCAUGGAGCCCCUGCAGCGAGACGUGUGGUGAGGGCACGCAGAGCAGGCUCCGCCUCUGCAACGACCCCCCCCCGGCCUUCGACGGGCCGCGCUGCGCCGGGCCGGACGCUCAGACCCAGCUCUGCAGGGAGAGACCCUGUCCCGUGGACGGGAAGUGGUCAUCAUGGGUGAGCUGGGGAGCCUGUGGGGUUUCCUGUGGGGGCGGGACCCGCCAGAGGACACGCCUCUGCGCCAGCCCCGCCCCCCAGCAUGGGGGCAGGCAGUGUGAGGGCAGCGACGUGCACACAGACUUCUGCAACAGCGAGCCCUGCCCAGUGGCCGGGCACUGGGCCCCCUGGGGCGGCUGGGGCGGCUGCAGCAGGACCUGCGCCGGGGGGCAGGCCCGGCGCUACAGGUCAUGUGACAACCCCAGACCGGCCAAUGGGGGCCGAGCGUGUGCAGGGGCGGACACACAGAUACAGAGAUGCAACACGGACAGCUGCCCAGUGGACGGUAGCUGGGGCUCCUGGCAGCCCUGGGGGGGCUGCUCCUCCUCCUGCGGGGGGGGCGAGAGGACGCGGGUCCGACUGUGUAACAGUCCGUCGCCAGGCAACGGGGGCCGACCCUGUCCAGGGGACGUCUCCCAGCUGUCCAGGUGUCACACUCAAGCAUGCCCAGGCGGGCCCCAGACGGCGCGCGGGAGCAUCAUCGGCAACAUCAACGACAUCGAGUUCGGCAUCGCCAUCCUAAACGCCACCGUCUCCGACAGCCAAUCCGGGGGCCGCCUCGUCCAGGCCACCGUCACCAACGUGCCGAGGACCUUAGGCCCGGCCAUGAGGCAGCUGGUCUCCCUCCUGACCCCCGUCUACUGGACCGCCGCGCGGGAGCUGGGGGCGGCGGCCAACGGCUUCACGCUGACCGGGGCGCACUUCAGGAGGGAGACGCAGGUGGAGUUCGCUACAGGUGAGGUCCUGAGGAUGACCCACAUCGCCAGGGGGCGGGACUCUGACGGAGCGAUGCUAUUGGACAUCGUGGUGAACGGACACAUCCUCCAGCUGCCCUCGCACGUGGACGUCGCCAUCAAGGACUACACCGAGGACUACGUCCAGAUGGGGCCGGGCCAGCUCUACGCUCUGUCCACCCGCAUGUUCAGCAUCGACCGGGAGAGCGUGCCCUACUCCUGGAACCACACCAUCACCUACGACGCCACCAAGGGCAAGAUGCCCUACCUGGUGGAGACCCUGCACGCCUCUGGCAUCAAGGCGCUCUACCGCCCCCUGGAGGAGACGCUGGAGUAUCACAUCCACGCCGCCAUAGCCAAGGGGGACCGCAGUAACCAGUGUCCCCAGGGCUUCCUGCUGGACUCUGCUGGGCCGUACUGCGCUGAUGAGAAUGAGUGUGAGGUGGGGAGCCCUUGUUCUCACAGCUGCCACAACGCCAUUGGCUCCUACUACUGCUCCUGUCCCCAGGGCCUCACCAUCUCCGCAGACGGACGUAGCUGUCAGGAUAUCGAUGAGUGUUCCCUGGGCGGGCACAUGUGCCGCGGCGACCAGGACUGUGAGAAUACGAUUGGCUCGUAUCGGUGUGUCAUGCGCUGUGGGCGGGGCUUCAGGAGAACGGCAGACGGCCUGAGUUGCACCGAUGUGAACGAGUGUCAGGAGUCCAACCCGUGUAACCAGCGCUGCCUGAACACCGUGGGAAGCUACCGCUGUGGCUGUGACCCCGGCUACCACCUCAGGAACCGACGCUGUCUGGAUGUCAACGAGUGCCGGCAGCGGGUGUGUCGCUCGGACCAGCAGUGCAGGAACACGCGGGGCAGCUACACCUGCACCGACCUCUGUCCCAGCGGGAUGACCAAGAGCUCCAACGGCACCUGUGUUGACCUGGACGAGUGCAGGGACGGCACCCACCUGUGCAGGUACAACCAGGUGUGUGAGAACACGCGGGGCAGCUACCACUGCGCCUGCCCCCGCGGACACCGAUCCCAGGGGGUGGGACUGCCCUGCGUCGACAUCGAUGAGUGCGCCCGGCACCCUCCGCCCUGCGCCCACACCUGCUCCAACACCCCGGGCAGCUUCAGGUGCCGCUGCCCGCCAGGGCGCUACCUGCUGGGCGACGGCCAGUCCUGCGCCGGCCUGGAGCAGCUGCCCCGCUACGAGAGCUACGAGAGCUACCUGUACGGCUACCGCGCCUCGCAGGGCUCCCCGGAGCGCCUGUACCACAACCUCGCCUCCCAGAGCUUCCACAGCCGCGCGGGACAGGAGCGGGGCCCCGGCCCCGGCCCCCGCCGCCCGCGCAGAGCUAGCGGUGCGCGGGGCCCCGGCGGCGGAGCUAGCGGCGCGCGGGGCCCCGGCGGCGGAGCUAGCGGUGCGCGGGGCCCCGGCGGCGGAGCUAGCGGCGCGCGGGGCCCCGGCGGCGGAGCUAGCGGCGCGCGGGGCCCCAGCGGCGGAGCUAGCGGUGCGCGGGGCCCCGGCGGCUGUCCGCGGGGCUUUGAGCCCGGGGCCGGUCGCUGCUUAGACAUCAACGAGUGUGAGGUGCAGGACGCCUGCCAGCACGAGUGUGUGAACAGCGCUGGGAGCCACCGCUGUCUCUGUCCCGCCGGCUACCGCCUCAUGACCAACGCCAAGACCUGCCAAGAUAUUGAUGAAUGCCUGGAGCAGAACAUCCAGUGUGGCGCCAACAGGAUGUGCUUCAACAUGAGAGGAAGUUACCAGUGCAUCGACACGCCCUGUCCCCCCAACUACCAGAGAGAUCCAGACACAGGCUUCUGCCUGAAGAGCUGCCCCCCCAACGACCUGGAGUGUGCGCUGAGCCCCUACGCGCUGGAGUACAAGCUGCUGGCGCUGCCACGGGGCAUCGGCGCCGCCCAGGACCUGAUCCGGCUGGUCGCCUACACCCAGGAGGGCGUGAUGCACCCGCGCACCACCUUCCUGGAGGUGGAGCCGGCCCCCACCUCGCCCUUCGCCCUGCGGGACGAGCACCUGAAGGGGGUGCUGUUCACCACGCGCGCCCUGCAGGAGCCGCGCACCUACCGCAUGAGGGUCCGCGCGCUCUCCUACAGCCAGGAGGGGGCGCUGGAGUACCAGACCACCUUCAUCGUGUACAUCGCCGUCUCCACCUACCCGUACUGAGAGGGGGCUAGGGCCCUAACCCUAACCCCAGUAGUCUGACGGGGGGCUAAGGGCCCUAACCCUAACCCCAGUAGUCUGACCGGGGGCUAGGGCCCUAACCCUAACCCUAACCCCAGUAGUCUGACGGGGGCUAAGGGCCCUAACCCUAACCCCAGUAGUCUGACGGGGGCUAGGGCCCUAACCCUAACCCUAACCCCAGUAGUCUGACGGGGGCUAAGGGCCCUAACCCUAACCCCAGUAGUCUGACCGGGGGCUAGGGACUCCUUCACCGGCCACCGGAGCGUCUCACGGCCCACCGGUCUGUUGGGGGAAAGACUUCAACAGAAACCAGCAGGAACCUUCUCCCUCAGGACUCUCGGAUGUGUUAUAAUAAUAAUAAUAAUACUUCAUUAUAUUUAAAUAGCGCUUCUCAAUGACCCAAAGACGCUUACAGUGAAGUAGGGGACCUAACUCACCACCACCAGCGUGCAGCACCCACUUGGGUGAUGCACGGCAGCCAAUCUGCGCCAGUUAUCUUAUCUAAUUUGUCUCCAUGCUGUCCUCUCAUUGGCUGCCCUAAGGCUGCUCUCAUUCUAUUGGUGCACAGCCGACCCUGGACUGUAGGCCCCUCCCUGCCUCACAGCGAUGUGAAUACCUAUUUUACAUCUUAUUAUUAACUUAUUUGGAUUGUGCUUGAACAGGGCAAUACAACACCAAACCAGGCAGCCCUGGAUAGGUAGUAAUCAAAGCAUAAUAAUUACUUAAUUAGUGUUCAGUGGUUCCAGAAGCUAUGUGUCCCAUGUCCUCAGGUAAUCCAGGUCAGCACGGGUCCAAUAAGAGAAAGAAACACCGUAAGAGCAGGAUCAAUCAUGUGCCUUGAUAUUCCAUCAGCAGCGAAUUAUCGAGAUGUAUUGUAUUUUUAUUAUUUGUAUAUAGUGUGUGCUCAUAAUGUAUUGCUAUAAUGUACUGUAUCCAAUUUUUUUAUAAAAGAAAAACACUCCAAUUGAAAAUUGUGCCUGUAUUGCUUUUAUAUCAAAACAGUUGCACAAUUUAACAACAGUUUUGCAUUCUAAAUGCUAUAAAUCUUAAAUGCCAAUAAUAGUUUGUUCAACAUACACACAUCUCAUGAGCUUUAAUACUUUUUAUUGUUUUGUCAGAAAAGCAUAAACAUAAAAAAGAAAUAAGGCAGUUGGUCCAUCAUGCUUUUUGUCACUUGCUAGAUGUGCACAGAUUGAAAAUAUCCGAUAACAAAAGUAAACUGACAUUUUUCAUUAUUUUCCUUCACAAUAAUGUGCAACACUAGCCAUUACUGCAGUGAAAAGGUAUUUCAUUAUUUCAACAUCUGGAUGUAUCGCCUGAUUAAAGUAUUAACCAAUGUGGUAGAAAACCAUUACCGAUUAUAGAAUAUACUUUUGAAAGUGAUUUACACAUGACUGAAACAUUGUGGCCUUGUCAAAGUUACUCUCCUUUGGAACUGAAUUGGCAGUGA